GAUCUGAGUUGCCAAUCACCACAAUGAGAAAGAAAGGCGUUGCAUUAUGUGGUAUAUUCCUCUCAAUAUAUUUGAGGAUGAUGUAAAAAGUCUAUCUAUUUUGAUGACGAGACUGUCCUUCUUUUAGAUCCUGAAGAAAUAGAGAAGUCUUUGGAAUAUGUCGAGUAUAACAUUGGUAUAAUACAAUCAUGCAUGCUAAAAGAUGAAAGCUUAAAGAACAAAUGGUAAGGCUUUACAGAUUUCAUUGGGAAUUUUACUCAAAGAGUAAGCGAAGGUCAGAAAAAGCUAUCAGAACUGAUAGAGAAUCAGAAUUGGUCUCAGACCGAAGCGCUUGAUAAUGAACUAAACUCAUUGGCAAAAGAGUGGAAAGAAAGUGCAAUCUUCAAUAAGUUCCUCCACUACUUCAAUUUAAAAGCUGUAAAAAAAUUGCAAAAUUUCAGAGAAAUGCAAGAUGAAGUCUCUGAAGAUAAUUUUGAAGUGCAAGAAAAUAUAAAACUCAAAAAUGACAUUCAAAAGCUAGUAAUAGAGAGAACCAAACUUGAGAAAACCCAUAAUAACAAAAUAGAAGAGCUUAAGAAUCUUAAUACUGAAAUCAUUAAGGAAAGAGAUCAACUUGCAAAUGAGCUUAAGACAAUUAAAGCAAGCGGAGGAAAUAAUAACAACUCUCAAGUUAAAUCCAACGAGCUAGAAACUGGCCAAUCUAAGAUUGAGCAACUUGAGAAAGAGAACAGCGAACUAAAAUCAGAGAUAACCACUCAUCAGGCUGAGAAGCAAGAACAACUCACUCAAAUCAACAACCUGAAGAGUAAUUAUGACAAACUUGCUAAGAAUAUUGGAGCUGACAUCGGUUCCAUUAAAGUUAUUCAAGAGAAAAACUAUCGUGAAGCAUCAAAGAAUUUUAAGGAGUUAAAAGAAACUGUUAAAUAUAAUCAAGGAUAUCAUAAUCAAGGAUUUCAUAAUCAAGGAUUUUAUAAUCACGGAAAAUAUAAUAAAGGAAAGAAAGGAUAUUAUGAAGAGAAAAAAUAUCAAGGAUAUGAUAAUUAUUCGCAAAAGCAAAUUCCUCAAAAACAAACAAGAAUGGAAUUCAACCUUGGUAAAGAAUAUGACAGAAAGAGAAUGAAGACAAUGAGCAAAGAAGUUGGAGAAAAUCUCAAAGAAAUCUUGUUGUAUAAUAUCCCGAGUGUCGAAUCUGAUGUAUUUCACAGCCUUGUCACAUCCUCAGUUCCUCGUGGGCUUGAGACAAUAGUACUUGAAUUCUCCUCUAAAUCAAACUACAUAAGCGGGUAUUUAGACACAAUAAAUAAUCUUGAAGGAAUAAUCACUAAGAAAAUCAGUUUUGACUGGGUUCACAUAUAUGAUACUGAACAAAGCGCUCUAGAGAGCAAAUUCAGUCGCAUAGAAGUCAAGUUUGAUAAUGUUGAGAUUGAAACGAGAGAAUACUAUGAUGAUUAUGAUUAGUAAAGAAGCUUAGUACCUCAUAAGUUUUAUAAUCUGAAGGAAUAUAUAACAAAGUUUGGUUUUUUAAAACUUAUC